AUGAUGCAAUGAUCGGCUACUAACUUGUCUAUUAUAAUUAAAAGAAGCAUUACAGUCUAGUCUUUCGUUCUAACAUAGUCAUUCAGUUUUACUUGAUGACUGGUACGCAGGCUUGCAGUCACAGCUCAUGCAAAUCUUUUAAUCCGUGGAAAGAAUUAAACCGGGUCCUGGGGGAUACUUUUGUGUUUAGUAGGCUAGUACUAAUUCUGCUGAGGUUCCCGCCGGUGUGCCCCCCAGUAUAUCAAGGUGCUGUCUAGAAUCACACCUUGAGUGGCGCUGUCAGUGAGUGUCAGUCGCUGUCAGAGCUUUGGAAGGCAUACGGCCGAGUGACUGAAGCGUGCGAAUGGAUUGCAUUUGUUUUUCCGGAAAAGCGCCUCUUCACGCAGAUUCCGCCGGGUUUGUCGGAGCACUGGGGCUUUACUGCUCGCCCGAAGUUUUUUGCACCAUCGCCGCGGCUUCGCUGCCGUGAUGUUCACGAUCCCGACGAUCCAGUUCUCUUCGGAACACGGACACGAACAAAUCUACGGGGACCCCACUGUCACCGCAUCCGCGACCGUGGACCCCACGAGGAACCUGUCACGGGUGGAGCAGCAGAUCGACUCCAGCCUUGCAGAGUUUUUCUUUAUCGGGGUGGCGUUGUCGAUCAUCACUCUCGUCACUGUGGUGGGAAACAGCUUGGUGAUAAUUGCUGUCUGCGUCGUCAAGAAACUUCGGCAGCCCUCAAACUACCUUCUGGUGUCGCUGGCCGUAGCGGAUCUCUCCGUGGCUCUGGGCGUCAUGCCCUUUGCGAUAUUGACGGACCUAAAAGGAGGAAAGUGGGUUUUUGAUGAGGUUUUCUGCAACAUUUUCAUCGGCAUGGAUGUCAUGUGCUGCACCGCGUCCAUACUUACCCUGUGUGCGAUCAGCAUCGACAGGUACCUUGGCAUCACACGACCCCUGACAUAUCCGGCCCGGCAGAACGGACAGCUGAUGGCCAAGAUGAUUCUGGUCGUGUGGCUGGUCUCGGCUUCUAUCACCCUGCCAACCUUCUGUGGCUGGGCUCAGAAUGUCCACAAGGGUGGGUUGUGUCUGAUCAGCCAGGACCUCGGCUACACCAUCUACUCCACGUGCUUUGCUUUCUACAUCCCUCUGGUCAUCAUGCUCAUCCUCUAUUAUAAGAUCUUCCAGGCGGCACGCAAGAGCAGCGCCAAGCACCAGUUUGUGGCCCCCGUGCCGGUAGGUCCCUCCGACCUGAAGGAGGGCCUUAAAAUGCAGACCCUGAAGGCCCCGCCCAGGGUGCCAGAAGACUGCAGCUCCCUCUCCCACCUUCUGAGACACAAGCAUCACAGCGCCUCUGUCUUCUGGUGGGAACAGAAGGCGGCCACCACCCUGGGGGUGAUCAUGGGUGUCUUCUCUGUAUGCUGGCUGCCCUUUUUCAUCCUGAGUACCAUGCGGCCCUUUGUCUGCAGUGCAGAGCAUGACUGUGUACCCGUGCGGCUGGAACGCACGCUGCUGUGGCUCGGUUACGCCAACUCCCUCAUGAACCCUCUCAUCUACGCCACGUUCAACCGUGACCUGCGCAGCACCUACCUCGACUUGCUGCACUGCCGGUAUCACAUCAAUCGGCGCCUGUCUGCCGUGGCCGUCAAAGAGGCCCUCAGGGUGUAGCCCCAGCCUGCAUGGAAGGAGGUGAACAGAGCUGGCGGCGGCAGCACCGGCGAGGGAAGCUUUCACACACGCCGAGGAUUUUGGGUAGUGUAGUCCUUUUGGCAUGUGCGUAGAAGGCAGUACCAGAUUAUUAUUAAAGAUAUUUCUGAUGGGUUUUAUGUGGCAUGCAGCUGCCUUUUUCCAUGCGUUUCUGCCUAACGAGAACACGGACCACAAAUACAAGAGCAGUUUUAUGUUUUUAAAGCAUUUGAUGUACAUUAGGAGCACACAUAUAAAAUGCAGUUCAUACCAGAUUUCAUAAUAACUGAACAAAUCCUGGGUUUUGUCUUGUUUUCAGAUUUACUGAUAGUAAUAGUAGGAAAGGGUUAUAAUGUGUGUUUAAACAAAGGAUUUUCAGAAAUACAAAUAUCGAAGGGUGGAUUGACUUUCACUGACCAAAUGUAGAUCUGCACACUCUGAGUAUUUGUUAUUGUACUUAUUGUAAUAUGUUAGUACACCUUAAAAUUACAAUUCAGUGUCCUCCAGGUCAUAUAAUGACCAUUUAAAUGCAAAUUUACAGGGGGAAACUGCAUAUAUUACAACAGAUUAGAACAUUUCCAUGCAUUAUUUCACACUGUCUGCACACCUGUGCUUCACGUCACCGUAACCGUGGCGACUGAAGAAGGGGGAUGCCAGGCAGGCCAGCGAUGACAGGGGUCCUGAUGUCCCCCAAAAUGCAGUGAAAAUGCAGCUCAUGCCAUUAAACAGCCAUUUCCUCUUUCAGUUCAAUACCAAUGAGCAUAAGUAUGCAUACUGGAUUUUGCUCUUUCUGUGCUCGUUUGCUCUUUUUGUGCACAGAAAGAGGGCCGUUUUGAGCUUGCUGUCUGUAUCCACACAGAUUCUCUACUGUCUGAGCUUUUUUGCUUGUUUUUCACAUAUGUAUUUUAAAGGAAUACCCCUUAUUGGAAAAGGUGUAUACAUUCUUCUGAUACAAUUGAAGACUACAAUAGAAGUUCUCAAGUUUCUGUUUAUCAAGAAGAAAUAUAAAAGUUGCAUCAAGUGGCUGGCCAUAGUGUAUUUUUGAUAUAUGUAUUUUAAAAUAUGUAUUGUAAAUAUAAAUUUGGAUUUUAUAUUGAGAGAUUACAUAAUUUGUAUCAAAAUAUUUGUGUGUUCAGUAUUUUUGUACUUUAGAGAUACAGAAAAUACUUCUCCUGAACUGUAUAAGUGAUGAUGUCACAUACGCACAAGGCCUUGUUCGGUGUGCUGGGAUAUAUCUUAGAUAUUUCAGCAUGUUUGUUCUUUUGUCUAGAUUCAUAUUUGCGCUGUACCUCAUUGAGCAGUGAAGAGCUGUCACUCACAUGGAAGACCAGUUCAAUCUGUGUUCUGGUGAAGGAAGAGAUCAAACAGGACGACGUACCAUGGAAAUUUGUGAAAUGUCUUUUUAAAAUACAAAAUACUGUAGCUUAUUUUUAUACAUUGUGUUGUUGCUGUAUUUUGUACUUUAUUUCAAUACUCUUACAGUUAUGGUAUAUUUUGCUAAUAUUCAUUUUGAUGUAUUUUUCCCAUCUCUGGUUGUAUAGUAUCACACACAGCAGACUGUGGGUCAGAA